AAUAUCUUCAAACGGAUUACAAACCUACUACCGAGCACACAGCUUAUACGCGAUCGUGUAUUUCAAAAAAAUAUUUUAAAAAAAAAAGAAUCCUAUAGUGGAACAUUCUGGAGUUAGUUUAUAACGUUCUUUUUAUAGCCUGUAGUUUAAACUUUAUAUACGGAAUGAAUUUCCAAAUUGUAAUACUGCUCUCAGUAGUUGCGUGUGCUCUAGCAUUCCCUGUUCCUGAUGAAGAAGUAUCAGUUCUUCAAAAGGCAGCUGAAAUGGUUAGUGAAGCAGCAACGGAGGCCGAUGAAUUGAUAAAAAAAUCAUCCGAUAGUCUAAGCACAAUGGAAGAGGGGAUAAGUGCCGUCCUAAGUAAUAUAACAGCAACAGCGGACAGUCUCCCGAAACUUGAUAUUGAAUCCAAGCUUACAAAGAUAGCCGACGAAGUAAAAGAAGCUAUAGAAGACGAGCUUCCAGAAGCUCCUAAAUCUUUGCCAAUUAAAGCUAGGGAAGACAUAGAACCUGUUGUACCAGUUGCUGGAGUAAGAGCUGAACCAAAGGAAGGUGUCGAGAUCGGAGAAGCGAAAUCCACAGCUUCAUCACCUGAAGCAGAAGAAACUUCUAAGAAAGAAGAAUCAAAGACGGAUUCAGAUGCCAUUUCGAGCACAGAAUGCACAACACUUGCUUCGGCAGAACAGAAAACCGAUGUCCCAACAACCGAGGCAAAGCCAACUGAAUCAGCAACUAAACCAGAAGCAGCUGGCGAAAAUAAAACAGAUAACACAAUCCCAAAAUCCACAGAAACUCCAAAGCCCAGUUCAGAAGUUAAACCAACUGAAGCGCCUAAAGAGAAGCACGAUCACACUUCUGAAGCAAGCAAAUCUGAUGAAUCAGCCGAAUCGAAAGAAAGCGAGGAAUCAAACGAAAGCAAUAAAUCUAAAUAAAAGCAAGUCCAUGCCUCUGUUAAGGAUGCAUCACAAAUAUAAUUUCCAUUAUUUAAGAAAAAAUAUUUUUUCAACUUCAUAUAGCUUAACACAGCAUACAAACGGAACUAUUCAUUUGAACAAGAAUUUUUUUAACCGAAUUGCAUUAUUUAAUAGGGUAGCUUUUAUUAACUAACCUGUUGUUUUUUCCCUACACAAUUUAUUUAUGUAAAUAAAUAUAAUUUAUGAAGUGCCUUAAUAAUAUUAAUAAUAUCUAAUUAUACUACUUUUUGGGGAUUGUACAACGUUUUGAAAUACAAAUCUACUAAAAAUAUAGUUUUGUGAACAGUUUGUAAUAUAAUAUUUAAUUUAAAUAUUAUAUAUUUAAAAAAAUAGUUAUAAAGCAUUUUAAUAUAAAACUCUUAAAUGAGUUCUUGUUAUGCGUGAGUACGUUAUUGUAAAAAAAAUGAGGAUUGCAAAGGAAUACUACUUUUACUCAACUCUGUAUGUCCUUUAGACUGAAAGAUUUAAAAUAAACGAAAAAUAAAAAUUGUA